UAAGUCAAUUAUUUUCCAUUCGGACCAUUCCCUCUGUUUUCCGGGAAAAUCUGCAAAACCAACCCAAAGGAAAAAGAAAACAAUAGAAAGUGGAGUAUAAGGUAAAGAGAGAUCGGAUCAAAAAAAAUCUGAGAGACAAUGAACGUUGAAGAAGAAGUCGAGAAACUCAAGGAAGAAAUCAAGCGACUCGGCAAGGUCCAAGACGAUGGCUCUUACAAGGUCACAUUUGGCGUGUUGUUUAAUGAUGAUAGGUGCGCCAACAUUUUUGAAGCAUUGGUGGGGACACUGAGGGCAGCAAAGAAGCGUAAGUUCUUGACGUAUGAUGGUGAGCUACUUCUACAAGGAGUUCAUGAUAAUGUUGAGAUUACCCUCAAACCAACGCCAGCAGCAGCAGCAGCAACAACUGAGGCAGUUGCAAAGAAUUGAGAGGCUAUGCAUUUGAUUUCAUCAAAUAUGGUACUCCAAUGAAACUGAUACACAAGUUUGUGGAUGUUGUGUUCUACGAGUAUAUAUUCUAUGCUUUCCAAUUUAGUCACUGAGUGUUUGUUUUUCCCCGAUAUGCUGGGUAUGAAGUGCAAUGGGAGUGUUUCAUCAGGCAUGUGCUAUUAUGGUUUCUAAGUUUUCAAUAACAACGCUGCUUGUAUUUGGUGAAUUAUACACUACUUUGUACAAGAUUCCUCUUUGCUUGAAUAUGUAAAUGGUUAUACCCCAUUUCAAUA